ACAUAUUGUCCUCUUGAUUUAAGUCAAUUUGACCCAGUAUGCGAGAAGUCUCUGCAAUUUUCUGCAACCUGGCGCUUUUGUCUGGAUUCCCAUUGUCAAUAUGGCAGCUAUUGGGUCUCCAGUCGGCGGCGGUCUUCGGUCUCCGGUCUCCGGGAGUCUCUGUUCGUCUCCUGGAGUCUCCGGUCCCUGGUCUCUGGUCUGUGGUCCCUGGUCAUUCACAUUAUCGUUGCAUGUGCCGAGAGGUAACCCCGCAUGGGUGUGUUCGUUCAUCUUUAUUUCUUGUGCGUGCAAAAAUUCAACAAUUGCAGAAAUUGAAACUUUUGCCUCUUGCCGUUGUUGCCACACACAGAAACAUUGAAAGAAAACUUUCAGACAUGAAAAUCGUAAAAAUAAAAUGA